AUGGCUUCGUUCCGCAGUCUCUUCAGAAACGACGUCGUCCUCGUAGCCACAAACCUCACCGUAGUCGCCGGCUUCGCAACCUACCUUGGCUCACGCGUGGACAAGGAACUAGAUCGUAAUCUGGAGGAGCAAGAAGCGCGACUCGAUGAGAUUGAGGGCACGCUACGGGGCCACAUCGGGCUGAUUGAGGAUUCGCUGGACCGCAUUGAGGGCAAGCCAAACGCGGGCAAGCAGGAGGAGUUGUAUGGGAAGAGGGGUAGGGAUGAAAAGGAUGGGAAGGAUGGAAAGUGA